AUGGGUGGUCUGGUGGCGUACGCCAGCAGUGACGAAGACGAUGAGGUCGAAGAGGUCGAAGAGGUCGAAGAGGUGAAGACUGAGAUUGCCGAGAAACCUGCGUCUCCCAAAGAUAGCACAGGCUCAAAUAAUGUUAAGCCACCAUCAAUAUCACCUGCUGCUGCUACCACUACCGCCGCUGCACCUCAACCACCAACAGAGCCUCAACCAUCAACAGAAGCCAUAACAAUAGGCCCAGUCCAACAGCACUCCGUCCCCCUAGGCCCCUCCCUCCCCCCAAUGGACACUCAACUCCCAGAUCUCCCCUCAGGAGAAGAUCCAUCCCAACCCCCAGCCUCGCCAUACACCGCCUCCCGCGCCCUCCUCCGCGACCUCACCUUACCCCCCGUCCCCAACUUCGACAUACCCCCCUCGCCGCCGGGAUCCCCGCCCCCUGCCCUCAGCGCCAAGUUCACCCAGUUCCUCGACCUCAAGAAGAAGGGCGUCCACUUCAACGCGAAACUCGCCCAGUCCGCCGCUCUCCGCAACCCGAGCCUGACGGACAAGCUCAUGUCCUUCGUCGACCUCGACGGCCGCGCGGGCUACGCGACCACGUUACCGCCCGCGCUCGGCUGGGACCCGACGUCGGAGGAUCUGCUGCCGGAUUGGGCGGGUAGGACGGCGCUGCGGCAGAGCCAGGAUAAAGUGCGCGGCGCGGGGGCGAGGAAGGGAGGCGGGCCCGUUGAGUUCGUGCCGGCUGUCGAGUCUGCUUCGCCUGCCGCUGGGAUCGAGCAAGGGGGUCUCGUCUCGCGUGGAGGAAAGAGGAAGGCGGGUGCGCUGUGA